GUAAAAGUAGUUGUAGCGACAGCAAGGGAAAGCCCAUAGAUAGAACAGUGUGUCCAGUUACAGUCUGACCGCCUCUCCUGCUCAGUGGCAAAAGACAGUACGCGUGGAAAUACAUUGAAUAGGCAUAUACAUUGGAUAGAGAGGAAUAACGUUGUUUUUUUUGACUAUGGCUGAUGUCACGCAAUUCAACGAGGGGACCGGGGACUUCGCGAAAGGGUUCGCUCGUAAAGGAGCUUUGAGGCAGAAGAACGUCCAUGAGGUGAAGGACCACAAAUUCACUGCAAGGUUCUUCAAGCAGCCGACUUUUUGUAGUCACUGCACCGACUUUAUCUGGGGAUUUGGAAAGCAAGGAUUCCAGUGCCAAGUUUGCUGUUUCGUGGUCCACAAGAGGUGCCAUGAGUUUGUCACGUUCUCUUGCCCCGGUGCGGAUAAGGGUCCCGACACAGACGACCCCAGAACCAAGCACAAGUUUAAGAUCCACACCUAUGGCAGCCCCACCUUCUGCGACCACUGUGGCUCUCUCCUGUAUGGUCUCAUCCACCAGGGGAUGAAGUGUGACACCUGCGACAUGAACGUGCACAAUCAGUGUGUGAUGAACGUGCCCAGCAUGUGCGGGACGGACCACACCGAGAGGAGGGGACGCCUCUACCUGAAGUGUGACAUCACAGGGGACAAGCUGCAGGUCACAGUGGGCGAAGGGCGAAAUCUGAUCCCCAUGGACCCCAACGGCUCGUCUGACCCUUACGUCAAGCUCAAGCUCAUCCCAGACCCCAAGAAUGAGACCAAGAAGAAGACCAAGACCAUCCGCGCCAACCUCAACCCCACCUGGAAUGAGUCUUUCAUAUUCAAGCUGAAGCCUACAGACAAGGACCGCAGGCUGUCUGUGGAGGUGUGGGACUGGGACCGGACCACCAGGAACGACUUCAUGGGCUCCCUGUCCUUCGGCGUGUCAGAGCUGAUCAAAUCGCCUGUGUGUGGCUGGUACAAGAUGUUGAACCAAGAGGAGGGCGAGUACUACAACGUGCCCAUCUCAGAGGAGGAUGACGGAAACGAGGAGCUCCGACAGAAGUUUGAGAAAGCCAAGCUGGGCCCUGGUACUAAGAAGGUGAUCGCUCCAUCAGAUGACAGCAGGUCCAAUCUGCCCUCUAACAACCUGGACUCUGUCAAACUCACUGACUUCAACUUCCUGGCCGUGCUGGGGAAAGGCAGCUUCGGCAAGGUGAUUCUGGCAGAGAUGAAGCCCACAGAGGAGCUGUACGCCAUCAAGAUCCUGAAGAAGGACGUGGUGAUCCAAGAUGAUGAUGUGGAGUGUACCAUGAUAGAGAAGAGAGUCCUGGCCCAGCAGGACAAACCACCCUUCCUCACCUCACUCCACUCCUGCUUCCAGACCGUGGACCGGCUGUACUUUGUCAUGGAGUAUGUGAAUGGGGGAGACCUCAUGUACCACAUCCAACAAGCGGGCAAGUUCAAAGAGCCACAGGCAGUGUUCUAUGCAGCAGAGAUCUCUGUUGGCCUGUUCUUCCUGCACAAGAAAGGAAUCAUUUACAGGGAUCUGAAGCUGGACAAUGUGAUGCUGGACUCGGAGGGCCACAUUAAGAUCGCUGAUUUUGGCAUGUGUAAAGAGAACAUAUACGAGGGAGUGACCACUCGCACCUUCUGUGGGACACCCGACUACAUCGCCCCAGAGAUUAUUGCAUACCAGCCAUACGGGCUAUCAGUGGAUUGGUGGGCAUAUGGAGUGCUGCUCUACGAAAUGUUGGCAGGACAGCCCCCAUUUGAUGGUGAGGACGAGGACGAGCUCUUUCAGUCCAUCAUGGAACACAACGUGUCUUUCCCCAAGCAAAUGUCCAAAGAGGCCGUGUCCAUCUGCAAAGGGCUGAUGACCAAACACCCGUCGAAGCGUCUGGGCUGCGGCUCCGAGGGAGAGAGGGACAUCCGGGAGCACGCCUUCUUCAGACGCAUCGAUUGGGAACGUCUCCAGAACCGCGAGAUCCAACCCCCCUUCAAGCCCAAAGGGUGCGGCAAAGGGGCGGAGAACUUCGACAAGUUCUUCACGCGCACCCAGCCCCAGCUCACGCCACCCGACCAGCUGGUCAUCGCCAACAUCGACCAAGCUGACUUCUCAGGCUUCUCUUUCAUCAACCCCCAGUUCAUGCACCCCUCCCUGGUCUCCCUGCACACCGUAUGAGGAGGAGGGGGGGGGGGACCACGGACCCCCCUUCCUACUUCCGCUACCUACCUAGUACUAACCUUCCACCAACUGCAGCUUCUCCAAGUCAAACUCCCAAAACUUUACAACAACAACGUGGACGCUGAUAUCGACCACCAUUUUGAGUUCCUCUAUCAAUGUAUUAAUGAUGUGUCCUAGAGGAAUGGGACUUGGGGCUCUGAGUGAGAGGAGUUGGUGAGUGGAAGUGCUGUGUGUUAAUGGUGAGGGGGAGGAUGAAGGUUUGAGGAAGGAGGCGUAUGUAGGGUUGAUAUACUUUCCCACCCACCCGUUGUGUUUGUAUUCGAAUGGGCAAUUAUUUUAAACCAACUCCUAUUGAAAUUAUUCAUGAUAGGUAUUGAGAUGACUGACCUGUUGUUUUGAAUGUGUGGGGACAAAACCCAUGAAACAAUGCCAGUUUUUUAAAAACUGAUUCUAGAGCGAAGGGUUAACUUAUUGUUAAACCCUGUACUGGCUAUACUAGUCUCCAUUGAAACCCAAGGAAACUACAAACGUAAUCUCUUGUUUUGAGCUAUUAGGUCAGAGUUUGAGCCAAAUAUGAGGUCAGUACAGGGAGACUCUGUUUACAGUCUUACCUUGUGUUGGUGAGAUUUUAUUUCAAUAUGUGUCAUAACAGGUGCCCCUAUGUUUCAAUAUGCAUCAAAUAAUACACACCCAGUACGAAUAUCAUGACACACUAACAAUAACACACACAUACAAAUGUAGGCUCUUCAUUUGAUCACCCUAUUGCAGGAAAACUUUCAGGAAAACUUUCCUGCAUUGCAAACUAAAAAGUGUCAUGUAUUUGACGUUUAAAAAAAGGCUUUUGAAGUCUGUAAUUUCCACUUAGAAAUGUCCGACUUUAUUUUCCCUUAUGAAAAAUGUAUCACCACCUUUUAAAAAAAGGCUAUUAAUUAUGAUCCACCUAAUAAUAAUUCACAUUUCCUGUAGCUGCAGGAUUAUUUUCCUGCUGUAGCAAACUGGCUCAAAUUAAGACCGUGUAUCUGUACACACAAAUUACAGUUACACAGGGAUAUCUUGAACCUUGAACUACAGGUUGUAUGGUUAUCUUGUCAUUAGGUUUACAACUGUGAGUGGACAUUCAGACAGAAUGCAGUAGAAGUUCUGGUUAGAGGAAGUAGGCAGUGCAACAGUCCCAUCUUCUUUAAACACCUACACAAGAAUCACAGGUUAACAGAAGUGUAAAAGGUCGAGAUCAAGUAACACUACUUUAUGACAACCUUUUUACUAUCCUCCCAACUUUGUUGUCACUGUUUGCCCACUUAUCAAAAAUGGCCAUGAUUCUCUUUGACGUGAGGAAGUCCUUCAAAGUUAAGUUCCUGAGGGAAAAUUCUUGAGGAUUUAGGAAGGAAAUUACCUAGAACUCUGUUUUUUGUUUGUUUGAGAGGUAGCAACUAAAUGAAAUUGAUGUUGAGUUAUUGUCUGCUUACUCUAUGAACCGUGCAAUAUUAUAUUGCAUGCUUAUACCCUUCUACAUGGAUAUAACACCAUUCUAACCAUGUUGACUAGAGUAUCACGUUAUUAAAACGUUUAGUUCCCCUUUCUGCUUUAAUGUGAUGUCAUGCAUUCCCCCCCCAAUUAGUUCUAAUUAAUAUUUUAAUGUAACACAUACCAGUGUUUUAACUCUUUUGUAAAUAUUCAUGAGUGAUUUAAAAAAAAAAGUAUAGUAUCUCGCAGUUUUUAUACCAACAACUGAAUGUGAUUUUAUUACUUUAGAUAGGUUAACAUAUUUCUAUGUAAAAAAAAAAUAAAAGUACCCCAAAAUAUCAAUUUUGUAACGAUUAGGUAAUCAAAUCGGUCGGGAUUAGCAAACUGAGAGAAACAUCUGGACGUCUUUUGCAGAUAUUAUCAAGCGUUUUCCGCUUGCUCUCAUCUCAAUCGCGCGUAUCCGAUGUUCUUGAAUGCGAUCGUUGAGUGAGUUGACUGAAUGUGUGCCUGGCUCUUGUAUCUGCAUGAUACUCGGUACCAGUAACCAGGCCACUGGUCAGACAGCAAGGAGUCUCCGCCCAAACACAGAUCCAGGAUCAGCUGAACCUAAGCCAUUCACAAUUAGGAGACUAUGGGCAAAUCUGACUCCAGAUAUGCGGUUAGGGGAACUCUUAAAGACGUCUCUGUAUUAGACCAGCGGGACAACUUGCUCUCUAGUGUGAAGGGGUUUUGUUUCUUCUUAUCGUUAGUGUUUGUUCAUAUAAAAAAAAUACAAUUUACCUAAUUUUUGUUUUGUUUUUUGGGGGGUUAUAGAUUCUGCUCAAGUAAUUCAGGAAUGUCUCUCGGAAUUAUCACCAUAGCAAUUCAUAUCUUCACAUCUAACUGUUGAUGGAUUCAUACAAUUCCCUUGACUUUUGCUCCUCUAAACCUUUUUCUAACCUUGUAACUGUGCCAAUCCUGAAAUAGCCAGAACCCGAUGAUAGCAGCGUUGCACUAGCUGUAGUCGUACCGAUGACGCGUCAUUACCGAAGUCUUGUCAGUACCAAAAUCUUGUCAAUACCGAUGUGUUGUCAAUACACAUGUUUUGUCAAUACCGACGAGUACAGAUGUCUCUCCCUGGUAGACUCUUAGUGAUUAGUCCAAGAGAGUGUGCCAACCCACAUAUCACAGCGUCUGUCCGACACGUGCUUCUCGCUGAAAAUAUGUAGCUAAGGGAAUGCUAAUUCAAAUAAUGUCGACAUGGUUCUGAUGCCAGUCAAUUUGGCAGUCGUUUCUUGUAGGUUUUUUUAAUUUUUCUGUCACAUUAGUAGCCUACACCUCCGUGUGAGUUUACCUUUAUGCUUUAUAGCCGGACAGCAGUAUGACGCUUCUGCUAUACCAUGCCUGCUUACCCCUUACCUUACCUCUCUGUGCCUAUCAGUCAAUGUGUAUGUUUACAUGCGUGUAUGUGAGAGAGAAGGAAGGAAGGAAGGAAAGCAUAAAUGGGUGGUUGAUGAGUGAUUGGGUGAAUAAAUGAGUGUAUGUGGUUGAGUGAAUAAUUGGUCAGUGAACAACCACGUUCCUCCUAUUGGCCUGUUAAACCCCCUGUCUGGGUAGCUCAUCUCCUCUGUUCAUCCUUCCAUUCCUCCCCCCUUUCUCAGUGCCUGGGCAAUCAAUCCAUUCUCUUAUUGACAAAGCCCUCAUCCCUUCUCCUUCAAGAUCCAAUCAGUUCAUGAAAGCAGUUUUGUGUGAGAAACUCACCUGCCCCUUCCCAUCCUCCCAAAACACACUGGGGAGAGAAUUGGCCAAAUAUGUUUGUUUUCACCUUCGUUUACAUCCUGUGUUAUAUUUUCCUUUGCCUUAGCUCCUACCGGUGCGUCCCAAAUGGCACCCUAUUCCCCAUACAUUGCACUACGUUUGUCCAUAGGCCCUAGUCAAAAGUAAUGCACUAUAUAGGGAAUAGGAUGCCAUUUGAGAAACAGUCAGUCUCUAAACUCUCCCCCAUUCUCUGUUGAUUCAUGUCCAAACCAAGCGCUUCUUCUGUCCCUGUACAUAAUGAUUUAGAUAUCUACAUAAACCUGUAAAAGAAAGAAUAUAUUGUAUUUUGCAAAUGGUGUAUGUUCGUCCUCCCCAAAACCCUUUGAAAGCGAGUCUGGGCUACUUACCUUGUAAUCAAGUGUCAUUUGUACCUACUGUAUGAUAAUGCAAAUAAAAAAUACAAAUAAUGGCUA